AUUUUGCGUUUCAUUCAAAUCUUGCAUUGAAAGAAUUCAAGCCCCCAGAACGUCUGCCGUUGCGCAGUGCAGUUGCAAGACACCUGCUGGAAACAUUGAUGAUCUGACUCCCGAGUGGAAGCACUUAGACAAGUAAAUUCAAUUCUAUCGCCGUCAGGAGAUCAUGAACAAGUUCAAUCGUCCCCGUGGCAACGCUGUCAAGCAAAGGAAGAUAAAACUGCGGAGUACCAAGAAGCGCAGCCACGUGAAAGAGAAGGCUUCUUCGCUAAGGGUCAAAGUAGGAGGACAGAGGACAGGGAAGUCCGAAAGGAGGAGGCAGAAAGCAGAGAGGGCUGCACUCAGGACAGCCAUUGCUCAAGGGAAGGUGGACCUGGACAUGGCAGACCUCAUUCCAGAAGCAGCCCAGGGGCCAGAGGGCCAUGCAGCAGCAGCAGAAGUUGAGCAGUAGUUUGGAGUCAAUUGCACGGAUGUUGUUAUAGUGAUUCCAUUGCCGAAGACUCCCAGUCUAUAUUACUAGAUAGACAACUUACGCCUGCAGCUGCAUAUCUGUCAGCUGAUCAUGAUUUCCUAGAUUCAAGAUGGAAUGUACGCUGCCGCAUGGCUUUUUGAGGCAGUCCUGGACUUCGUGGGACUUUGUGGCUGUAAGUAUAAUGGCC